AUGGUGAAGGAGACGGAGUAUUACGAUGUGCUCGGCGUUAGCCCCACCGCUACGGAGGCUGAGAUUAAGAAAGCUUACUACAUCAAGGCACGCAAAGUACAUCCAGAUAAAAACCCCAAUGAUCCUCAGGCUGCUCAUAAUUUCCAGGUGUUGGGAGAGGCCUACCAAGUGCUAAGUGAUCCAGGGCAACGUCAGGCCUAUGACGCUUAUGGGAAGUCAGGGAUUUCAACUGAGAUCAUUGAUCCUGCGGCAAUAUUCGCCAUGCUUUUUGGGAGUGAACUUUUCGAAGAAUACAUCGGGCAGCUUGCUAUGGCAUCAAUGGCGUCGCUUGAUAUCGUCACUGAAGGGGAUCAGAUUGAUACGAAAAAGAUUAUUGAUAAAAUGAGGGCCGUUCAGAAAGAAAGAGAAGACAAGCUUGCUCAACUUCUAAAGGACCGCCUCAACCUAUAUGCGACGAACAAAGAUGAAUUUAUUAGCAAUGCUGAAGCUGAAGUAACAAGACUCUCAAAUGCGGCAUACGGUGUGGAAAUGUUGAACACAAUUGGAUAUAUAUAUGUAAGACAAGCGGCGAAAGAGCUUGGGAAGAAAGCUAUUUAUCUCGGUGUACCAUUCGUUGCUGAAUGGUUUAGGACAAAAGGUCACUUCAUCAAAUCCCAAGUAACAGCUGCAACAGGUGCAUACGCUCUUUUCCAGCUGCAAGAGGAAAUGAAAAGGCAGCUAAGUGCUGAAGGAAAUUAUACAGAGAAUGAACUUGAGGAGUACAUGAAGUCCCAUAAGAAAGUGAUGAUUGAUUCUCUGUGGAAGCUCAAUGUUGCUGAUAUCGAAAGCACUCUCUCCCGUGUUUGUGAGCUGGUACUUCAAGAUCCCACUGCCAAGAGAGAGGAGCUUCGUGCAAGGGCAAAGGGGUUAAAAACUCUGGGGAAAAUCUUCCAGAAGAACAAGAUAGCCAGUGAGAGUGAUCCUUUAGUAAGAGCUGAACUUCACAAACUAAACGGAAAUGGUCAAGACCAUGUAGAUGCAUCCAAAUCACCAAGAUCCGAUGAAGCUUCUCACUCUGCAUUCGGGCCUCAGGAACCGCAGAGCCCUUAUGUGGAAGCACCGAAGCUUGGAGAUGAGCAAUUCAACCAGUACUUCCCGAGGCCUGCGCCGCCUCCAGGAGCACAGAGACAUUCUUAA